AUGCUCACAGUUCAAGAACAGGAGGGGCUGUCUAAGGGGGACAACAUCUGUCUGAGGGGGGUCCUCAUCUGUCCUAGGGGGGUCCACAUCUGUCUGAGGGGGGUCCUCAUCUGUCUGAGGGGGGUCCUCAUCUGUCUGAUGGGGGUCCUCAUCUGUCCUAGGGGGGUCCACAUCUGUCUGAGGGGGCAUCAGACCACAGCCUCAGUCCACAGCCUCAGUCCACGGCCUCAGACCACGGCCUCAGACCACGGCCUGAGACCACGGCCUGAGACCACGGCCUCAGACCACGGCCUGAGACCACGGCCUGAGACCACGGCCUCAGACCACGGCCUCAGACCACGGCCUCAGACCACGGCCUCAGACCACGGCCUGAGACCACGGCCUCAGACCACGGCCUCAGACCACGGCCUGAGACCACGGCCUGAGACCACGGCCUCAGACCACGGCCUCAGACCACGGCCUCAGACCACGGCCUCAGACCACGGCCUCAGACCACGGCCUCAGACCACGGCCUGA